AUCGACUCGAGCAAACAUCAAACUUCAGAUUGGAUACAUUGCUGAAGCUGCAGCAGUACAGAGCUUGAGAGUAGCACCGCCUUCGAGUCUUCACAGCUCUGUCCAAUAUCAACUUCAGCAAUCAGGCGUCAACAUGCGUUGAAGCAUGUGCAGGCUGGCUUCAAGUACUCUGGGAGCAGUCGAGGUUUCUGAAUGUGGAUCCAGCUGUGCACUUGAGAAAACCUCUGGUCCUCACUGAACCAUCGAGCCUAUUGCUUCCAUGAUCCCAUUGUCAACCCCUUCGAAUAUCGCCAGAGAAGUCCGGCAGUCUCGCUCUUAGUUCGAGGUCAAACCGCGUCUCAUACCACACCACUGCAAUCGGAGGAAAGCCAAUCUGCUUAUUAAGUCUAUCGUUCAAACAGCAUCAUGGCCUCGAACUACUGGGAAUCGACGCAGCGGAGAUUCUGGACGUUCACCAAGCAGCAGUUGGUGCUGGAAAGAAGGAAGAUAGAAGAGGCGGAACGAAACCUGGUCAGCCUAUACCCCUUGCCAGACAGACGGCAUCUGAGUAUCUACUUCUAUCACCAACUAUCGAAGAUGGCUCGGCCACUAGGCAUCCGACAACAAGCUCUGGCAUCAGCUCAAGUCUACGUGCGACGCUUCUACGCCAAAGUUGAGAUCCGGCGGACAAAUCCGGCUCUUGUUCUGGCAACCGCCCUGUACCUGGCCUGCAAGAUGGAAGAAUGUCCACAGCACAUUAGGAUGGUGCUGGCAGAGGCUCGACACUGCUGGGACACAUCUUUCAACGACAUCUCCAAAAUUGGUGAAUGCGAGUUCAGCCUGAUCUCAGAGAUGAACUCACAGCUAAUCCUGCACCACCCAUACCGCAGUCUCAACGAAUUACAGACGCAGUUCCAGCUAACUCAAGAAGAAAAUGCACUCGCCUGGUCCAUCAUCAACGACCACUAUCUCACCGACUUACCUUUGCUUCACGCACCACACGUCAUCGCCAUCACAGCCAUGUUCCUCGCCGUCGUGCUAAAGCCAACGCAAGGCGGUCUGCAGAUGAGCGCGGCAGGGACAGCAAGCGCACUCCAAGCAUUAGGUAACGCAAGAGGCGUAGGUGGAGCUGGUGCGCAGAGCCGGGUGCAGAAACUAGUGGACUGGUUGGCGGAGAGUAACGUGGACAUAGAGGCGGUGGUGGAGACAACACAGGAGCUGAUCAGCCUGUACGAGGUCUGGGAGAGCUACACGGACAAGACGUGUAAAGACCAGAUCGCGAAGUUCGUCAAGGCGAGAGGGCUGGACAAGUGAUGGUGCUUAAAGCCUUCAUGAAGUUCGAUUACGAACAGUGAAAUGCUACAACAUAGUCGGACAUGGAUGGGAUAUUUAUUGUAAGGUUGAAGACGCCAAAUCACUCAAUGAGCUGCAGUAUGGUAACAGGCAUCAUCUGUCCUGUCGAAUAGACGGAAAACAAAGCAACAAUAUC